AUGACAUGCAAACCUCCUUCUAUUCCAAAUGGUAUCUACUUACCUCACAGGAUUAAACACAGAGUUGAUGAUAAAAUCAGAUAUCGAUGUAGACAUGGCUUCUAUUCUGCAACCCGAAACACUUUUUCAAAAUGUACUCCUACUGGCUGGAUCCCUGCUCCAAGAUGUAGCUUGAAACUUUGCGAUUUUCCACAAAUAAAAAAUGGAGGUCUACAUAGUGAAGAGAGACACAGACCCUCCUUCUCAGUACCUAUAGGAAAGCAGUUCACCUAUUACUGCAACGCAGGAUUUGUGACUCCUACAGAGAAAGACAGGGAUUACAUCCACUGCACUGCACAAGGGUGGGAGCCUGCAGUUCCAUGCCUUAGGCAAUGCGAUUUCCAUAUAGAGAAUGGAUAAUUUUUACAACAGAAAGAAAACUCUGUACAGGACCGGUCUGUAAGAGCCCAGUGUUACCCUGGCUGCCAUUUUCCAGCUGGUCAAGACACACUUAAAUGCACAGAGAAUGGCUGGUCUCCUCCACCUAAAUGCAACCCUGUCAAGAUAUGUUCAAAAUUAGAUAUAGAAAUUGAGAAUGGGUUUCUUUCUGAAUCUGAUCUUACAUAUGCUUUAAAUAAAACAACACAGUAUAGGUGCAAACAGGGAUAUGUAACAUUGAAUGGAGAAACAUCAGGACCAAUUACCUGCCUCCAAAAUGGAUGGUCAGCUCAACCCUCAUGCAUCAAGUCUUGUGAUAGGCCUAUAUUUGAUAAUGCUGGAACUAAAAAUAAUAGCACAUGGUUUAAACUCAAUGACAAAUUAGACUAUGAAUGUCAUGCUGGAUAUGAAAACAAAUAUAGAGAUACCAAGGGCUCCAUAACAUGCAAUUAUGAUGGAUGGUCUGAUAAACCCUCAUGCUAUGAAAGAGAAUGUAGCAUUCCAUUAAUAGAAGCACACUUAGUUGUCAGUCCCAAGAAAGAAAAAUAUAAAGUUGGAGAUUUGUUGAAAUUUUCUUGCCGACGAGGACACAGAGUUGGACCAGAUUCAGUACAAUGCUACCACUUUGGAUGGUCCCCUAGUUUCCCAACAUGUAAAGGUCAAGUGGGAUCAUGUGACCAACCUCCUGAACUCCUCAAUGGGGAAGCUAAGGGAACAAAGAAAGAAGAAUAUGGUCAUGGUGAGGUGGUGGAAUAUGAUUGCAAGCCUAGAUUUCUACUGAAGGGACCCAGUAAAAUCCAGUGUGUAGAUGGAAAGUGGACAACCUUGCCAAUAUGUGUUGAGGAGGAAAGAAUAUGUGGAGAUAUUCCUGAACUAGAGCAUGGAUCUUCUCAGUUUUCUGUCCCUCCCUAUCAUCAUGGAGAUUCAGUGGAGUUCACCUGCAUAGAAGACUUCACAAUGAUUGGACGUGGGUCAGUUUCAUGCAUUAGUGGAAGGUGGACUCAGCUCCCUCAGUGUAUUGCAACAAAUCAACUGGAGAAGUGCAAAGUGACAAGAUUAACUGCAAUAGAGGCAAUACUCCAUAAAAAGACUGAAUUUGAUCAUAACUUUAGAGUGAGUUACAAAUGUGGAAGAAAGCAGGAGUAUGAACACUCAGUCUGCAUCAAUGGAAGAUGGGAUCCUGAACCAACCUGUACAAAGAAAGAAUCCUGCCCUCCUCCACCACAGAUUCCAAAUGCCCAAGUGAUAGAAACCACAGUGAAAUAUUUGGAUGGAGAAAAAGUAUCUGUUCUUUGUCAAGACAAUUACCUAAUACAGGACACAGAAGAAAUGGUGUGCAGAGAUGGAAGGUGGCAGUCAUUGCCACAAUGCAUCGCAAAAAUUCCAUGUUCCCAACCCCCUGAAGUAGACCACGGAUCUAUUAAAUUUCCCAAAUCGUCAGCAGAUAGGAGACACACAGUUGAAUCCAGAAGUUAUGACCAUGGCACUACACUCAGUUAUGUUUGUGAUGAUGGUUUUAGGAUGGCUGAGGAUCAUGGGGUAACCUGCCACAUGGGAAAGUGGAGCUCUCCACCUCAUUGUGUCGGACUUCCUUGUGGACCUCCACCUUCCAUCCUUCAUGGGAUUGUGUCUCAUGAACUAGACAUUUACCAACAUGGGGAAGAGGUGAAAUACAGUUGUUCUGAAGGAUUUGGAAUUGAUGGACCAGCAUUUAUUAAAUGUUUAGGAGGAAAGUGGUCCCAGCCACCAGACUGCAUAAAUAAUUCCUGUGGGGAUCCACCACAUGUGGAAAAAGCUAGAAUUGUAACAAGACCCAUGACUAAAUAUCCAUCCAAUGAGAGAGUACGGUAUGAAUGUAAUAAACCUUUUGAAAUAUUUGGGGAAGUAGAAGUGAUGUGUCUUAAUGGGAUUUGGACAGAACCACCAAAAUGCAAAGACUCAACAGGGAAAUGUGGGCCUCCUCCACCUAUUGACAAUGGAGACAUAACCUCCUUCCCAUUACCAGUAUACGAACCAUCAUCUUCAGUUGAUUAUCAGUGCCAGUCCUUGUACCAACUGCAGGGCAACAAGACAAUAACAUGUAUAGAUGGAGAGUGGUCUGAACCACCAAAAUGUUUACAUGCAUGUGUAAUAUCAGAGGAGAUCAUGAAGAAACAUAAUAUAAUUUUAAGGUGGAUAGAAAGCCAAAAGCUUUAUCUCCAAUCAGGGGCCAAUGUUGAAUUUACAUGUAAAUCUGGAUAUAAAAAGGCAAAUCCAUCACCUCCAUUCCGUACAAUGUGCAUUGAUGGUCACAUCGAUUAUCCCAGCUGCUUAAAAAUACAUAUUAGUUCAAAAGAUGAAUAG